AUGAUGGCUCCAAGAUUCCUCAAGGCAGGUCUUCUUCUACUCCCGCAGCUACGCCUGGCAUGGGGUAUGGCCAUCGCCCCCCGUCAGCAGGUGAUUUGUACCUAUGAGACGGCAGCCGGUUCCGGAGAUACCUGCCAGUCUUUCUCGGCGGAUUGGGGCAUGGACGUGCCAAUCUUCGAGUCUCUCAACCCGGGCAUCACCUGCCCGGACCUCGUGGCCGGUCAGAACUACUGUGUAGUCGGCACAGUUAUUGGAGACUCGUGCGAAAAGAUCGAAGCCCAGUUUGACAUCAGCGCAACCCAGUUCCUUAAGUGGAAUCCAUCUGUCGACUCUGACGUUCCCGGCACCACCGCUCCCGUUACCACUACAGUGCCGGCGACCACCACUACCACCACUCCCGCUGAUGGCAUCACCACGCCCACGCCCAUCCAGCCCGGCAUGGCCGACAGCUGCAGCAAGUUUGAUCUUGUUCAAUCCGGCGACAGCUGCGAAGCCAUUGCCGCAAAAUACGACAUUCAACUGUUCAUCUUCUACACCUGGAACCUGGCCGUCGGCUGGUCCUGCGCCGACCUCGACGUGGGCUACUAUGUCUGUAUCGAGACCCUGGGCUAUACAGCGCCGACGACCACAACAGCCGCCGCCGGCAACGUCAUCACUACCCCGACGCCCUUCGAGCCCGAAAUGGUGGCUGGUUGUACAACUUUCUAUUUCGUCCGUCCGGGCGAUACAUGCCCGGCCAUUGCUAGCAAUCACGGCAUUACAGUUGGCGAUAUUGAGCAGUGGAACCCCAAAGUCGGGUCCGCCUGUACGAACCUCUGGUUGGAUGAGUACAUCUGCGUGGGCGUCUGA